AGUGCCGCCGCUGCCGCCCGCGCCCCCCGCGCCCCGCUCGGCACCCACCGGUCGCUGCCGCCCGCUGCGCCGCUGCCCCGCUCCCGCGCCGCAGCUGCCGUUUCCCCCCGACGACUGGGUGAUGCUGGACAUGGGAGAUAGGAAAGAGGUGAAAAUGAUCCCCAAGUCCUCGUUCAGCAUCAACAGCCUGGUGCCCGAGGCGGUCCAGAACGACAACCACCACGCGAGCCACGGCCACCACAACAGCCACCACCCCCAGCACCAUCACCACCACCACCACCAUCACCACCACCCGCCGCCGCCUGCCCAGCAACCGCCGCCGCCACCGCAGCAGCAGCAGCCGCCCCCGCCGCCCCCGGCACCGCAGCCCCCCCAGGCGCGGGUCGCCCCGGCCGCCGACGACGACAAGGGCCCCCAGCAGCUGCUGCUCCCGCCGCCGCCGCCUCCACCGGCCGCCGCUCUGGACGGGGCCAAAGCGGACGGGCUGGGCGGCAAGGGCGAGCCGGGCGGCGGGCCCGGGGAGCUGGCGCCCGUCGGGCCGGAGGAGAAGGAGAAGGGUGCCGGCGCAGGGGGGGAGGAGAAGAAGGGGGCGGGCGAGGGCGGCAAGGACGGGGAGGGGGGCAAGGAGGGCGAGAAGAAGAACGGCAAGUACGAGAAGCCGCCGUUCAGCUACAACGCGCUCAUCAUGAUGGCCAUCCGGCAGAGCCCCGAGAAGCGGCUCACGCUCAACGGCAUCUACGAGUUCAUCAUGAAGAACUUCCCCUACUACCGCGAGAACAAGCAGGGCUGGCAGAACUCCAUCCGCCACAACCUGUCCCUCAACAAGUGCUUCGUGAAGGUGCCGCGCCACUACGACGACCCGGGCAAGGGCAACUACUGGAUGCUGGACCCGUCGAGCGACGACGUGUUCAUCGGCGGCACCACGGGCAAGCUCCGGCGCCGCUCCACCACGUCGCGGGCCAAGCUGGCCUUCAAGCGCGGGGCGCGCCUCACCUCCACCGGCCUCACCUUCAUGGACCGCGCCGGCUCCCUCUACUGGCCUAUGUCGCCCUUCCUGUCCCUGCACCACCCCCGCGCCAGCAGCACUUUGAGUUACAAUGGCACCACGUCGGCCUACCCCAGCCACCCCAUGCCCUACAGCUCCGUGUUGACUCAGAACUCGCUGGGCAACAACCAUUCCUUCUCCACGGCCAACGGCCUGAGCGUGGACCGGCUGGUCAACGGGGAGAUCCCGUAUGCCACGCACCACCUCACGGCCGCCGCGCUCGCCGCCUCGGUGCCCUGCGGCCUGUCGGUGCCCUGCUCCGGGACCUACUCCCUCAACCCCUGCUCCGUCAACCUGCUCGCGGGCCAGACCAGUUACUUUUUCCCCCACGUCCCGCACCCGUCAAUGACUUCGCAGAGCAGCACGUCCAUGAGCGCCAGGGCCGCUUCCUCCUCCACGUCGCCGCAGGCCCCCUCGACCCUGCCCUGUGAGUCUUUAAGACCCUCUUUGCCAAGUUUUACGACGGGACUGUCCGGGGGACUGUCUGAUUAUUUCACACAUCAAAAUCAGGGGUCUUCUUCCAACCCUUUAAUACAUUAACAUCCCUGGGACCAGACUGUAAGUGAACGUUUUACACACAUUUACAUUGUAAAUGAUAAUUAAAAAAUAAGUCCAGGUAUUUUUUAUUAAGCCCCCCCCCAUUUCUGUACGUUUGUUCAGUCUCUAGGGUUGUUAUUAUUCUAACAAGGUGUGGAGUGUCAGCGAGGUGCAAUGUGGGGAGAAUACAUUGUAGAAUAUAAGGUUCGGAAGUCAAAAUUAUAGUAGAAUGUGUAUCUAAAUAGUGACUGCUUUGCCAUUUCAUUCAAACCUGACAAGUCUAUAUCUUAAGAGCCGCCAGGAUUCCAUGUGUGCAGUAUUAUAAGUUAUCAUGGAUAUAUAUGGUGGACGCAGACCUUGGAAACAACCUAAAUUAUGGGGAGAGUUUUAAAAUGUUAAACUGUAAUUUGUAUUUAAGAAGCAUUCGUAGUAAAGGUGCCCAAGAAAUUAUUUUGGCCAUUUAUUGUUUUGUCCUUUUCUUUAAAGAACUGUUUUUUUUUUCUUUUGUUUACUUUUAGACCAAAGAUUGGGUUCUAGAAAAUGCACUUGGUAUAAAAGUAUAAGUAUUAAAGCAAACAAACAAAAAGGAAAGUUGUUUCAGUUGGCAACACUGCCCAUUCAAUUGAAUUGGAAGGGGACAAAAUUAAAGAUUGCCUUCAGUUUGUGUUGUGUAUAUUUUGAUGUAUGUGGUCACUAACAGGUCACUUUUAUUUUUUCUAAAUGUAGUGAAAUGUUAAUACCUAUUGUACUUAUAGGUAAACCUUGCAAAUAUGUAACCUGUGUUGCGCAAAUGCCGCAUAAAUUUGAGUGAUUGUUAAUGUUGUCUUAAAAUUUCUUGAUUGUGAUACUGUGGUCAUAUGCCCGUGUUUGUCACUUACAAAAAUGUUUACUAUGAACACACAGAAAUAAAAAAUAGGCUAAAUUCAUAUA